AUGCUUUCAGUCUAUGGUCAAAAAGAACACCUCAGGGCCUUGUAUGGAUUGCUUUGGCGAUGUUUCAUUUUAGGUUCCGAGAUGUGCAAAGGCUUCACAGAGUGCUGCCUGGUCGGGGUCAAACAGUACAUUCGGCCAUAUGUUCAAACUGUUGUCGUUGCUUCGGUAUUUUGUCAAGUGUGUAAAGCAGAAAGCAAAUUGGAAGAACCUUCAAGGGCAUGCCUGUACCUCCCACACGCGUGGAAGAUGUACUUGCUGAAGUCCACCAGUCUUGUUGGCUCUACUGGAGGGUGUGUUCAGCAUCUCCGGUUUCGGAAGCCUUAUGCAGUGCGCUUUUCACAUCUUAGCCAAGUGCGAGUUCACUUUGACAUUCUUACUGAGACCGCCCUUCUUCAGUGCAAAUUGAGGGGAUCCAGGAUCCCGACGAUCUCGACACAGAAGUUUGAAAACAUACUGCAUUUAAACAAGCACGGGGAAUCUGAACACACACACACACACACUCUCGAGCGCGAGCGAGCGUCUUCUUUAAAUUCGCGCUCGCUUUCAUGUGUUGCAUGA